UUGAUCAAACUCUUGACCAACAACGGCGCCACCUACAUCCCUCGCAAAGAAGAUGGCUCAAUCGACCAAGUCAUCCGCCAUACCCACAUUGUCACCGGCGACAUCGAGUUCCCCGAGUACAACAGAGCGCUAGAGUGCAACAUCCACGUCGUGCGACCAUCCUGGGUGGAAUCAAGCUACGAGAAGGGAAGACAGACACAACCGCGCCAGCACAGUCCAGAUCCGUCUAUGUUCUUUAGGGAAGUCAUAGUCUCGUGUGCAGACUUGCCCGAGGGCGACAAGGAUGCUAUCAUUGCUGGUACGUUGGCCCUGGGAGGCUUGUACAGUGCGCCCUUGACCAAGUUGGUCACGCAUGUGGUGGCUAUGGAUAUGCACAAUGACAAGUGUCGUACUGUAGAAGCAAAGCAUCUGGCUUGCAAGAUUGUCUUGCCACAUUGGUUCGACGACUGCUUGAAACUCGGCAAGCUGAUCAACGAAGGCCCUUACCUCCUACCCGACCCCGAGAUUCUUCGGCCAAACUUUGACGAACCCGUCCGAGCAAGAUCGACUCCUGGUCUAGAUGGUGCACUCUCAGCUGUGGCAGGCGCACCUCCGGCAUACAACCCUCCAAUCUCUCCUUCAGACUCACGAAAGCAACUUGUCGUACUCUUCUCGAAAGACCUAAACAUCAACGACCACCUAGCAAAGACAUUACGACACCUGGUCAGCCAAGCCGGCGGCUCUCUCACCACCAAUGUGGAUGAGUGCGAUGUAUACAUUGGUCAUUACCGCGACGGCAUGGACUACGUGGCUGCCUCCCGUGCCGAGAAGACUGUCGGAAACCUCGCCUGGUUCUACAAUGUCAUCAACCGCAACAAAUGGACAAAUCCUCUCAGCAAGCUUCUCCAUUACCCUGUACCCAGAGGCGGCAUCCCCGGCUUCCAAGACAUGAGAAUCAGUCUUUCAAAUUACAGCGGAGAAGCCCGUAUCUAUCUCGAGAACUUGUGCAAAGAAGCAGGAGCCGAAUUCACAAAAACCAUGAAGCAAGACAACACCCACCUAAUCACCGCCCACACUCACUCUGAAAAAUGCGACGCAGCUCAAGAAUGGAAUAUCGCUAUCGUAAACCACCUCUGGCUGGAAGAAAGCUAUGCAAAAUGUUCAGUACAAGCAUUGACACACAAACGCUAUACCCACUUCCCGCCACGAACAAACCUCGGUGAGAUCGUAGGACAGACCGACAUUGACAUUACUAAAGUCCGCAAACUGUACUUUGCAAGCAAUGAAAAGACUAUCAAGGACACAGAACCAGGUCAAAAAACACCACAUCCUUUCCGCGGUGCAAUUAGAGCGCCAGACACAUCUCCCAGAAGAGGAAUUGCAGCCUCCAGCGUAGGAGCAGCAAGGUCUUCAUUCGCUGCAAACGGAACAGAAACAGAUGCCAUGGACAUCGAUGACAACGACGACAACGAAGCCAGUGAAUUUCUCCCUCAAGCAUCUCAAACAGCAAAGAAGAGGAAAUCCCGCGUGGGCUCUGAUGCAGCGAUUACUACUCCUGCAAUGUUGAACAAGCGUCAGGAACGAGAAACAAGUCCACCUACUACUGGACGCGCCUCCAAGGAAAAAGCACUGAGCAAUUUGCACGCACUCAAAGAUGAUGUUCUGCAGUAUGAACGGGAGAGGAAGCGAAAAGGCGCUCCCACUGCUGUAACGACCAAGACUACAAAGACGACGAGGAAUAAACGCAAAAGCGAUGAUAUGGGUGACAGUCACGCUGAGAUCAGCGAGACGGAGAUUGCAGGUGUCAAAGGCAGUAAAGCCAAGAAGGCAAAGNACCGAUACAGGACC